AUGGAUCCUCGAGAGCAAACAUUUAUGACCAUCCAUAACCUUACUCCUGACGCCAACAUUCUCUUUGCCUCCGACUCCAUUCUAGAUAUCCUCGGUUAUCAACCGGAUGAGGUCAGGGGCAAGUCUGCGUUCGAGUAUUUCCACCCGAACGAGGUGCCGUUCGCUCGCUCUAUUCAUAGUAGAGGCGUAUUACUCGACAAGGCGGCCGUCUUGCAUUAUGCACGCAUUCUCGCCAAAAGCGGCCAGUGGAUGAGUUGCGAGUGCUGUUUUACCGUUGUGCACAAUGUCCUGGUGGCUUCGACAAGUAUUUAUUUCAAGGGGGAGAGGAGUGAGCGGAGAGCGAGAGACGCCCCGCAGAUCAGACGAAUAUUCAGGAGCUCACCACGAGACCCUCGGUACCACAUGCUCGAGCACUUAUCACCAAAAUUCAAAAUGCCUCCGAUGGAACGAGAACCAAGGGCCGCCUUGAUCUUGAACCGCUUUACUAGGAAUCUCACCAUUAUGUACGCCACCGACGCCGUUGCCCAAAUUCUCGGGUUACGGCCAGACGAGCUACUCGAGAAGCCGUUUUACGAAUGCAUUCAACCAAAUUGCCUCGAUGAGGCUGAGCGGUGCUUGGAGAGCGCCAAAGCCAACGAGUCGAUUGCUUACCUCCGGUUCUGGUACAAGGAUCCCCGUAUCGACCCGAACGCCCCCGCGAACCAACUGGAGGAUGUAAACCGGAUGGAGGAUGAUGAGGAGGUAGACGACGAGGAUGACGAGGAGAGCACUCGAUCCCAAAGUGAAGUGGACGUCAAGGAUCCAACCUUGAUACGCAAUGAUAUGGAGUUGGACGAACAGUCAAGGCCAUUAGGCCGUGGUGACAUAAAUGAGAACCCGGGAUCAAUGGAUGGCGUUAGGCAGCGGAGUCCCCCGCGUCGGUCGCCACAAACAUUUGAGCUGGAGGCUGUCGUUUCGUGCACGUCAGAUGGGCUCGUCGUGGUGCUGCGGAGAGCGCGGCCCCGUAUUCCGGAUCCGCAGCCCGCAGCAGAGCCAAGCGGACUGGAGUUCGAAAAUGGCCUCUUCGCCGCGCCGUGGGCGCUCCAGCGGAUCGAACCCUACAUCUCGCCCGAACGCCUCUACAACUUCCGUCCGCCAUUACUACCGCAGUAUAUGCCACUCCGCGAGUGUGUCAAGGCGGCGGGCGGACCCCCUCUCGACCAAUUAAUGCGUUCGAUUCGCGAUGUCGCCGUCUUUGCCUGGGCUGUGACCGGCAUCAACCCCGAUCUCGCAGCCAACUAUGCUCAAGGAAGCGCCAGCGGCCGCAACACAACACUCGGCCCUGGUCAACCUGCACUGGAUGGACUCUCGGAGUGGAGCUCGGACUCCCUCCCAACUACUUACCCUCCACUAGAAAAUACAUCCCGCGCUCCUUCUGCUGCCACUGAGCGUGCCGAACGUGCCGAGCGUGCAGAGAGGCUAUUGAAGGAUCAGCCCUCCUUAUUUGGCCACUCCUCUCUGGUGGGCACUAGCAGCAGUGGGCCACACACGACAUCGGAACCACCCCCGUUGUACCGCACUCGCCAUGCAUCAUGGGACGAGAGUAUGUAUGACGCCGGCAGUGAACAUCUAGAACGACCCGGGCCUGGGGCAUACAACCAAUGCCACGAACAUCACGGUAACCAAUAUCACCACGCUGCGCGCCGCUCGAGUCUUCGGCCGGCAUUUUCGUACGACGCACUGCAGGACCACGCAAGGCAUCAGCAUCAGGCCGCAUUCGGUUUGACUUCGUCGGCCGGGGUGAGAAGGGGAUGCGGAGCAGGAUAUCCCAACCUUGGGAAAGGCCAGGGAGGAAAUGGCGAGGGUAGACGUGGCGGUGGUAGCGGUACUGGCAGUGGCAGUGGAGGGCCUGGUGAUGGCUGGGUGAUUAGAGGAGGCGGUGGUGAUUUUGGGGGGUCAGGAACAGGAGGAGCGGAAUCAUCGAAAACGGCAGAGGCGAGAGGGCGGUAUUUCUGGCGGUGA